GGAGCAGGGCACCCCAUGAAGCCGCACCGCCUGGCGCUGACCCACAGCUUGGUCCUGCACUACGGGCUCUACAAGAAGAUGAUCGUUUUCAAACCGUACCAGGCAUCCCAGCAUGACAUGUGCCGAUUCCACUCCGAGGACUACAUAGACUUCCUGCAGCGAGUGAGCCCCAACAACAUGCAGGGGUUCACCAAGAGCCUCAAUGCCUUCAACGUGGGUGAUGACUGCCCAGUGUUUCCAGGCCUCUUUGAAUUUUGCUCUCGCUAUACUGGGGCCUCCCUGCAGGGAGCGACGCAGCUGAACAACAAGAUCUGUGAUAUUGCAAUAAACUGGGCAGGGGGCCUGCAUCAUGCCAAAAAGUUUGAGGCUUCUGGUUUUUGUUAUGUUAACGACAUAGUUAUUGGCAUCCUGGAGCUGCUCAAAUACCAUCCGCGUGUUCUGUAUAUUGAUAUCGAUAUCCAUCAUGGAGAUGGCGUGCAGGAGGCUUUCUACUUGACGGACCGUGUCAUGACUGUGUCCUUUCAUAAAUAUGGAAAUUAUUUCUUUCCUGGUACAGGAGACAUGUACGAAGUUGGCGCAGAGAGUGGUCGUUACUACUGUCUCAACGUGCCUCUACGAGACGGCAUUGAUGACCAAAGUUAUAAACACCUCUUCCAGCCAGUCAUUAAUCAGGUGGUAGACUACUACCAGCCCACCUGCAUAGUACUGCAGUGUGGUGCUGAUUCUCUGGGUUGCGACCGUUUGGGUUGCUUUAACCUCAGCAUAAGGGGACAUGGGGAGUGCGUGGAGUACGUGAAGAGCUUCAACAUCCCCUUGCUGGUGCUGGGAGGAGGUGGUUACACAGUCCGCAAUGUGGCACGGUGCUGGACUUAUGAAACAUCAUUGCUUGUAGAUGAAGCAAUCAGUGAAGAGCUCCCAUACAGCGAGUACUUUGAAUACUUUGCUCCAGACUUCACCCUUCAUCCUGACGUCAGUACGAGGAUUGAAAACCAGAACUCCAGGCAGUACUUGGAUCAGAUCAGGCAGACCAUAUUUGAGAAUCUGAAAAUGCUGAACCAUGCUCCCAGCGUGCAGAUCCAUGACGUCCCUUCUGACUUGCUCAGCUACGAUCGCACAGAUGAGCCUGAUCCAGAGGAAAGGGGCUCCGAGGAAAACUACAGCAGGCCUGAAGCUGCCAACGAGUUUUAUGACGGUGACCAUGAUAACGACAAAGAGAGUGACGUUGAGAUCUGAGGGCUCUGGUGUGGGGCUCUAGACU